UUCCCGUGAGGCGGCGUCGGGCGGGACCGAGCGCUCGCUGCCCGCCCCGUCCUGUCCCACCGCGCCCGGGGAGGCGGGACGAGGGUCGCGGCCCGGAGCCGGGGGCGGAGGCGAUGGCGGCGGAGGCCGCCGACCCGCGGAGAGCCGGAGACCUGCCGCAGCUGGCGGAAAAUCUGCUGUGUCGGCUGCAGGAGAAUUUUCAGGCUCUGACGGAAAAGUUAACGCUGAGAAUGGAAGAAAUGGGUGAGCGCAUCAAUGACCUUGAGAAGCGUGUUGCUGACCUGAUGACAGAGGCUGGGAUAGAAGAGAACACUGAUGAAGACUUGAGAGUAAAGAAACUUAAUUAAGUGUUUAUGUAUUUUAUAUAUUUUAUAAUUUUGAAUGAUGGGCAAGAAUUAGCAUGAAAAUAACGUUUGCAUAUUUACAUAUUCAAAAGUGUACUUUUUAAAAACAUAUUUAAAAUUAUCUUGGAUUUCUGUUUGCCAAGAGCCAAAGAAUGCUACCAGUUUUACAAAAGAAAAGCCGCAUCUUGCUGCGUCUCUUUCAGCUGAGUGCCAUGUAUGAGGGGGGUAGUGCAAACUAAUCCCAAGUAUGUAAAUUGAGGCUGUACAUUUGUAAGGAAAUGUAUGUGGCUUAAAGUGCUCCUGCCCACCAUUCCUGUCCCUCAGGUAUGCUAACCUAGCUGACUGAGGAUUCCCACUGGUAUAAAUUUAUGUACAUGUGCUUUUAAACCUGCUUCAGCUUCCCAGCAUGGCUCAGAGCACACCUCUUACAUGCACUCUUAGUAUUUAUGAGACGGCCUUGCUUCCCUGUUCUGUGGAUGCAGGUGAUGUUGUCUUCCUGUUGUUGCACACUUUCCUGAUUCAAAUUGAGACACAUCAAUUAUUCUUGUGAUUGAGACUGCUUACCCAGUGAAAGACAGAAACGUCUGGAAAUAUUCUGAAGUAAUUUCGGCCUCUAUUCAUUGUGAUGCCUUUUUUGUGAUAAGCUAUGAAAUAAUUUUCAGAAACACAGAAAGACAAUCUACAAAGUUGUAUUUAACUGUAAGAGAUCUCCAUAUUUUCAUGCUGAAUCACAUUCAUGAAUAAUUAAAUAACCUACUUACUCACUGUUUCUUUGCAGCAUUGAAAGAAGGAUGUGUUCAAGAAACACAAAGGCAGAACAGCACUGCAUUGACUCCAGGAGUUUACAGUCAGUGUCACAUUGACAAAAAAUGUAAAGAGACAACAAACAUGUUUGCAUCAUGUCAUGACAGAAUCUCUUUUUUUUUUUUAAACUAUUGCCCCAGAAAAAAAAGUAGAAUGAUGGGUUUACUUAUCUAAAUGUGGCACUGUAUUUCCUGGAGCUGAAAAAGAACUGUUAGUUUCAGAGAAGGCAAACCCACUAUUUUGGAUAAAGAACUAAAUUUAUCCAAUCACAAAUUUUUGUAAUCUAUGAAAAUGUAUUUAAUUUAUUUUAAUAAUAUUAAAAUAAUAAGUUUUCUUUGUUGCCUU